GCCCCUUAUAUAAAUACUCUCUAAUUUCAAGGAAAAAAUAUCGUAAAUUUUGGAUCACUUCCAUAAAUUUUGACAUCCCCAAACCUAAACCCCCAAAAUUCCCCCCCUUUUCUCCUCGAUUUAACCCUUAAUUUCCAUUAAUUGUCAAACUAACCUCAAAUUCAGAUUCUAUUUAACCCCUUCUCCAUCUAGAAUCCCCAAUUUUGCAAAUUAGGGUUUGAUCAAAUUCAUGAAAAAUGGUGAAUUUCGACGCCGGAGAAGUCACGAAUUCAACAGAAGUCUGGAAAAAGCCGGAAAUUUCCGAAAAUUCAACCUCUAAAUCCGUAAUUGAGACCGUUAAUGGAUCCCACCGUUUCGAAAUCAAUGGAUACUCUCUCGCGAUAGGUAUGGGUGCUGGAAAGUAUCUUUCGAGCGACAUUUUUACUGUAGGAGGGUAUGAUUGGGCGAUAUAUUUUUAUCCAGAUGGGAAAAAUCCAGAAGAUAGUUCGUCUUAUAUUUCCGUAUUUAUAGCGCUAGCAAGUGAAGGAACAGAUGUGAGGGCUUUAUUUGAAUUAUCGUUGAAGGAUCAAACUGGGAAUGAAAAACAUAAAGUUCAUAGCCAUUUUCAGCGUGGUCUUGAAAGUGGUCCAUAUACUUUGAAGUAUAAAGGGAGUAUGUGGGGCUACAAACGUUUUUUCAGAAGAUCUGCAAUGGAAUUGUCAGAUUAUCUGAAGGAUGAUUGUCUAAUACUGGAAUGUACUGUUGGAGUAGUUAGAAGUCGUAUGGAGAGAUCUAAACAAUACAGUAUAUUCAUGCCACCAUCUGAUAUGGGAAGUUAUUUUAAGGAUUUGCUUGAGAGUCAAGUCGGUUGCGACAUUGUGUUUAAAGUUGGAGAAGAGAAAUUUAAUGCCCAUAAAUUGGUUCUGGCUGCUCGUUCUCCUGUAUUUAGAGCGCAAUUCUUUGGACUUGUUGGAAACCCUAAUAUGAAUAUGGUGGAAGUUGAAGAUAUAGAACCUUCCAUAUUCAAGGCUAUGCUAAUGUUUAUAUACUCUGACACUCUUCCAGAUGUUCAUGAGAUAAUGGGAACAAAUUCUUUUUGCUCGGUGACAAUCAUGGUGCAACACUUGUUGGCUGCCGCUGAUCGAUUUGGCCUGGAUAGGUUGAAACUACUGUGCGAAUCCAAAUUGUCUGAUAAAAUUACCAUAGAUACUGUGUCUACAACCCUCUCACUUGCGGAGCAACACAGAUGUGCCCAGCUUAAGAGUGCUUGUUUAAAAUUUGCUGCCGCAAACUUAAAUGCGGUGAUGCAUUCAGAAGCAUUUCGGCACCUGGAAGAGAGUUGUCCAUCACUAUUGUCAGAACUAUUAGUGACAGUUGCUUCAAAAGAUGAAGGUUCUGGGCCUCCUCUGAACAAGAAAAGGAGCAGCAGCAGUGUGUUGGGGCUUAAUCUAGCUGCAGACGGAGGAAUCCCUUCAGAAUCAGUGAACCACACAGACAGACGCCUCAGGAGACGCCUUUAGUUUGAGUUCUUCCGUGCUGAUAUAGUUGCUCUUAGUUGUCUAAAUUAAGAUGGUUGUCAAUAGCUGUUAACUUGGGUCCAUGUUAAAUUCAUUUGGUCUUGGUCUAAGUGUAAUGGUAUCUUUGUUAGUUUUUGAAAACUGAAUUUCGAGGUCUCGUUUUCUUCCCCGACAAAUUCCCCAGAAGAAUAUACAAUAAUACUAAUGUCUUCAAUUGCUUCUGAACUAUAUCGUGUAUAAGUAUAAUGUGCAAAAUCGUUCUCUCGAGUUUUUACUA